AUGGAGAUCAAUCGCCAGCCUGCCGGCGCAAACUUGCCCCGGGAGGAACCGUGCUCAGCCUCGUGCUUUCGUCUUGCAGGUGCCCGACUCUCCCCGGAACCCCUCACUCACCUGGGCCGGCAGGAUGGCUCGGCGGGAGAACCAGCGGGAACAGCGGAGGUUGGGAGGACGACUUCCCCAAAGUCUUGGUCCAGGUUCAAUCCAGAGCAAAUCAAUCCUCUCCAAGAUGCUGUGCAUAGAUAUCUUCAGCUCCCUUCUGAUCAGACAGUGCUGAUACUACAUGCAAAAGUUGCUCAGAAAUCAUAUGGGAAUGAAAAAAGAUUCUUCUGCCCACCCCCAUGUGUAUAUCUCAGUGGACCAGGCUGGAAACAAAAGAAGGAAGGAAUUAAAGACAAAGAUGUAACAGGGUCCAUUUCCCAGAUAUGUGGGUAUAUAGGACUUGAUAGCAUGGGCAGUAGCCAUGUAGAAAUGCAGAAGCUAAACUUUGAAGAACAAUUGGAUUCCAAGAUAUUCAGCUGCGCCAAAGCACUCUACAUCUCAGACUCUGACAAAAGGAAACACUUCCGGCUAGCCCUGAAGCUGUUCUUCAGCAAUGGGCAGGAGAUUGGCACAUUCCACAGCAAGCGGAUCAAAGUGAUCUCCAAGCCCUCACAGAAAAAGCAGUCCCUGAAGAACACAGACCUGUGCAUUUUAUCUGGAUCAAAGGUCUCUCUCUUCAAUCGCCUGCGCUCACAAACUGUCAGCACUCGCUACCUUUUUGUCGAGGAUGAUGCCUUCACUGCAAGUGCCCGGCAGUGGGCAGCAUUCACACUUCAUCUAGAUGAGUUCUGUUCUCAAUCCCAGGGCGGAUUUCCACUGCGGGAAGUCUACAUUCGGUAUGGUUCCAGAGUACGGCUUAUCUGUACAACUACUGGGCUAGCACUGCCUCCUCUGAUCAUUCGCAAAGUUGCUAAGCAAUCGGUAAUGUUGGAUGUGGAUGAACCAGUUUCCCAGUUGCAUAAAUGUGCAUUCCAGUUUCAUGGGAGUGAUAGGAUGUACCUCUGCCUCUCGACAGAGAACGUAAUCCAGUACCAGGCAUCUCCCUGUCCCAAAGAAAUAAACCGAGAAUUGCUGAAUGACAGUUCCUGUUGGACCAUCAUUGGGACAGAGGCUGUGGAAUACUCAUUCAGCCUCAACCCAACCAGCAUCCAGAAUCCAUUGGGUCCUGUCCCUCUUAUAACAACCUUGGAGCUGACCGGUGGAGGGGAUGUCGCAAUGCUGGAAGUCCAAGGCAACUAUUUCCAUGCAAACAUGAAAAUUUGGUUUGGAGAUGUGGAAGCAGAGACUAUGUACAGGAAUUCCAAGUCGUUAGUGUGUGUUGUUCCUGAUAUCUCUGCAUUCAGCCCUGAUUGGAGAUGGUUGAGAUACCCAAUCACUGUCCCCCUUCUGCUACUAAGGAACGAUGGUCUGAUUUAUUCCAGUAUAUUCAGCUUCACGUAUACACCAGAACAGAGUUUUCUGUGUGGCCAACCCCUCCUGCCAGAGAUGGUGCAGGAUUCUGACACCUUGCUCAAUACCAUCCAUCAAGAAUUCACUAAGACAAAUUAUCACCUUUUCAUGCAAAGUUAGAACGGGAGCUGUAUGGUCACCAUUGUUUGGCUAGAGCAGAAAUUGUGGUAAAUACGUGGUUUUUUAUAAAAUUGUGGAAUGUGGUUUUUCUAAAAUAGGAUCAUAUGAACAUUUUAUUUUUAAAUCGUGUUCUGUACACAUAUUAAAG